UCAACAACUUCCGGUUUGUUAGCGGGAUUCACGUGAAAAAGUCUCUUGUUAUGUUUUCCUCACCUGCCAUUAGUUUCUAAUUCUAAAACCAUACCGAUAGAAAUCUAUAUCGACAGAAUUAAGUGAAAUCACUCAUUGGCAGAAUGGAAGUCAAACAAGAUGAUCCUGAAUCUGAAGAUCUUGAGGAAUCCUUAAAGUCCCCAACUACUCUACAGCUGGAUAAAGAAGAGUCAAACCUACCUCUGUGGUUGCUCGAGUAUGGUAGCAAAGAGGUUCCUCAAAAUAAUUCAAGCCCAUCCCCUAGACUGAUCACUUCACCAUCUUCUUCACCUAAGCAACUUGAUUCUUCUCGGUCAGUGGAUCUGUUACAUCAAAUUCAGAGCCUAGCUGAAUCAGAGUCUUCAGCAGUUUGCUCAUCAAUUCUAACCAAUACAGCUUGUUCUAAUAUAAAUGUAGAAUCCCCACUCAAAUCCAGUAGCCUAUCUCAAAAUGAUGUGUGCCAGACUAAAUUUGAUGAUUACUCUAAAGAACAAACCUUGUCUCCAGCUCCGGCUCCUGAAAAUUGUAUUAUCGACAAAGCUAAAAGCACUAAGAAGGACGGCUUCGACAGUGACUCUACACCAGAAAACUGGUAUGAUAAUCUUUCUUCUGAGGAGGACAACGUUACAAGUAGCGAUCUGAAAUUGGUUGCACAGGACGACAAGAAGAAAUUAAUUUCUAUUCAAUACACUGCCCUAAAAAAUUGUACCAGCCAAAAAACUGACAUAGAUUCCUGCAUAGCAAGUGAUGAUUGCAGUCUUGUAGAAAGCAAUACUGAUUCUCCUACAGCCUGUGAAACUAAGCUUGAAGAUCAGUGCCAAGAAACAAUCAGUAAUUCCUGCAUUACAAAUGCUGUAUUGAGUCCUAGCGAUUGUGAAUCAAAACCCACUGCCAAAAAGUCCAACAGCUUACUUAAACUUGUAGCAAUGCAGAAAGUUAUUGGCAAGAAGUUUGUUAGAAAACCCUUGAAGAAAGUUUCCAUAGAUGAGCUUGUUCAUCUUAUUGAAGAAAUAAAGCCUGACAGUGAAACAGGUUCUAAUCACCACAAAAGCAGACUGGACUCAGUGGAAACAUUGAUUCACAAAACUUGUCAGCCUAGAGAAAUCAAAUCUACCAACCAACUCAUUAGAUCAAAAGCGAAUCCACAACCGGUUAAAAAAUUGUCACAAUCUGCAAGUGAUAAUUUUAGUGAUUCUCCCAAAUGUGAUAUUAAGCCACUUAAGCUGAGGAUCAGGCGAAACACUGAAAAUUCAAGUGAUGUGUCAUGUUCAGGUCUCAAUGACAGUGGCGUAGAUGUUGAUGUGGCAUUCACGCCUCCAAGACAAGUAAAUAACACAGUGGACUUAAGUUUAAACCCCUAUUUGAUGCAGUUCAGACAACAGGCCAAUCACAUGAAUACAGCUGGUAUCCCUGAGCAUAUCAAUGGAACCCCAAUGCAUACAACAAAAAGCUCCUCAAGUGUUGGGUAUAUCCCCACAGAACUGGGUUGCCAGCAGUUCAUUCCCAGAGUUGUCAAUGCUCAUGAGAGGAAUAUGACACUAAGUGAUAAUGUAAGGGAUAGAAUUCAACAACUAUAUCACCAGUCUGCUCAGCGCCAACCCUGGCCUACAUCUUUAAUGAACGAGUUUGCAUUUCCUGGUUUUCAUGAUGCUCAAGCAGCCAGCUCCUUUGUAAACCUGCCUUGCACCGUGGCCAAGAAUCCUACGAUGCUAGACCCGCAAUGUGGAGAAUUGAGUCAAGAAAAGCUUAAUGAUAUUCUAAAGAAGAUCCAGCUGUCGGAUUCAUACAAAACAAAUGUAGGUCGCAGACCGUUCCAAAAAGCAGAAACAGUCAAAGAUAGUGAUUUGGCUUUCAGUCAAUCAGAUGCCAUAGUAUAUUCUAAACAAGCAGCAAAGAAGACUAUUGAAAAUGCUUCUGCAUCUGGCCGUCUUUCCAGUGUACAUAAAUUUGUUGACUUUUCAGGAGAUAGGAUAAGUACUUCAGCUUGUCAUUUUGCAAGUAAAGACAACUCUUUGUCUUCAGCUAUGAAUGGAGUUUUGGGCCCUUGCCAUCACAACAUUACUAGUAAAGAUCAUGUCAUUGGUACCAAUACAACUAGCCAGUACAGCACAGCCAAUGUAGAAGAACAGCUUGUGUCAUAUUUCUCAUCGAUGAAUACAAAACCUUUUGUAAUGACUAGUUUGAAAUAUUUCACCAAGAAGCCUGCGCCAAAGUAAAUUCCUGGACUCUUUUUUCAAAUUGUUAUGCAAUUUACUUUUUCUUUUUUGUUUUUAUUUUCCUGUUGGAGAUCUUGGGCCAGGCCUUACAUCUAACGACAGACUACCUCCCCAGGUAGAAGUGGAAAGAUAAAGUAUGUUAAAAAUGUGAAAGAAGUUAUUAUUUUAUAUAUGUGAUAAUAAUUUUGAAUUCUUCAACUCCUCUAUACAUUUAUGCCAUUAACAUUCAUCUUGUAUAUUUGUUUUUUAACCAAUAUGUUUUACAAGAUUUCAUUUUUCCAGGGUUAGGGUAAACCAAAUAGCAAUCUCUUCUAUUUCAUUGCCAUUCAGAAGCUUUUGCUGUAGAUUAUAGCAAUGAUUUUAAUUCAGUAAAAUAUCUUCACAGUUAUCCUUGAUGUCCUCAUCAAUAAGGUCAACAGUCUAGGUCAGUGUUUCGCUGAACCCUAGUGUUCCAUGAGGCCUGAAUAGGUGUUCCACCAACUACUGGAAUAAUUAACUAGUUUGCCACUAUGUGAAUAAUUCUCUGUACAAAAAAUAAGCAAAGUGUUCAGUUAAAUACUCAGAAUGUGCGCAGUGUUCCAUUAGUUUAGGAAACACUGGUUUAGGUUAUUUCAUGAUAUGCUCCUGUUACACUCUUUUCUCAUCACACAAGUCCUGUCAAUAGCCCUGUAAAGUGUGCAAACUUUCUGAAACUUUGGACUAUUGAACUCAAUGCAACUUUGAUAACAAACAUGCAGAGAAAUUAGACAAAAUGGAUUGAACUAUUUUAUCAUUUAUCUUUAAGAAUUUUUUGAAUGUAGGGUAAGAUUCUAUUUGAUACACUGUUAUAUUAAACAGCUCUAGGACUGAUUGCCCUUUUGGUCCUGGGUCUCAACAUCUGUUAAAACAAAAUACUCAGAAAGUUUUGAACUUAAAAAAUGGAGUUAUCUUUCAUUUAGAUAUGUCCAAGAAUAGAACUUUUUUAUUUUUUAGAAAAUUAAUUUUAAUUUUCAUGAUUUUUUUUUUUUGGUCAUAAAAUCCAAGGGUUUUAACUAUUUAAAUAAGUAAAGAGUCCAUUCAAUCUGUAUUUAACAAAGAGUCCAUCACAUUCAAUCUGUAUUUAACUAAUUCAUACAAAUCUUUCAUGCUAAAGUUUUAAUAUAUAUUAAAUGUCUAAUAAUAAAUACAACACAAUGGUAAAAUUACUUUUGAAACUUUUUUUUAUUAACAAAAAGAAUUCAAUUGUUGCAUGUCGAUAUUAUACAAUAUGUUUACAUUUCACAAUCAAUUUUUUUUUCUUUUUCAAUAUUUGCCUUGGCAGGAAGAGUGGGGUGUGGGAGUGGCAGAAAACUGUCAGCUAUCUUUUCUAGAGAUAACAUUUGUCAAUUCAAUAUGUAAAUAAAAUGUAUGAAAACAAACAUUUAUAUUUGAUAAAUUGACUAAAGAAAAUAUAAGUAUAAAAAAUGCUAAUUGAGACAGCCUGAGUAUGUAAUAAAAGACAUACGCACCAUAGUACUUGUUAGACAUACUGUAUGUAGACAUACAGUAUUAGACAUAUAUCGGUGUAUCACAGUUUUGUUUUAAACGUUUUCCAAUAUAAUGAAUGACUUAAAGUUAUACAAUUAACAGAAACUGUGGAUUACAGGAAAUUAAAAUGAUUUAAGAUUAUUCCAAGAAAACUAAACUUGAUUAUUCCUUGAAAGUAAUGUGUUAUUUAUAAGUUCUCUCACUUAUUAUUAUUGUUAAUUUGUUUGAUCUGGUUGUUUUAUAGUGAAUUCAACUUAAAAAGUGAUACUGCUCAUGUUUAUCAGCUGUUAGUAAAACUAACUUAUAUCCUGUUUAAAUUAAAAAAGUUUUAAAAA